AUACUACCAUCCGCUCACCUGUCGUUACCCAAGGCGCACUGCGUUGACCCUUUCGCAGGAUGAGACGUAUUUUUAUGUGUUUUCUUGAAAUCGGGUAGAAAUCGAGUGCACAGUUACUUCCUUUCUUUCUCCGUAAUAUAUUUAGCAAUAUUUUUUGUUUGUUUUCCGACCUGGUUAGUUUUUUACAUGCAGUUUGCUUUCGCGAAAUGGAUAGUUUCUACAAUAUAGGAAAGGCAAUAUUUCAAGGAGCGUACGAUAGUAUUAAGGGCAUAUUCGUAGUUUUCUACCUAGAUAAGGAAGCAAAUCGCAAGACGUUGCCGCCGAAUGUGAGCCGUCUGGACCCUACGGCACUGGGCAGUCGGGCCACCAAGGAGAGCUUGUCCACGCCAUCAGCAACGGCUCAGUCGUAUCAAUCAGCAGCUCCUGCUCGGUCGGAGACCAUCAGCAAAGACAACGUCAAACGAAAGGAUGAAUCUAAGGUAAUGACCCGAGUGCUCCAAUGCUGCUUGCUAAACGGUGGAGUCUUCAUGCUGAGCAUUUAUCUGUUCGAAUACGGCGUUUUACCGGGAUUAGACUUCCUGUUAUCCUUUCUAUUCUCGAACUCCGGAACCGUUGCCACUGUAUGGGUUUGGAUGAAGCCGUCGCUUACGCUGCUGUUUCACAGCUUCUGGGUAGCUCCUCUUUUUCUGCUAAGUAAAAUUGUAAACAGCCUGUGGUUCCAGGAUAUUGCCGAUUCCGCGUACAAAAUUCGUAAGGGCCGACCACAGUUGAUUUCCAGCAUCAGUAAACUAAUUGCCGAUACUCUGAUCAGUUUGCUCAUUCAGUUGCUGUUUUUACUGCAAAGUACCGUCAUCAAGUAUCUGCCAAGUCCGGUGCCGCGGAUCGUGUGCUUGAUUUUGUACAUAGUACACAUGAGUCUGCUCUGCUCGUUGUAUGCCUUCGAGUACAAAUGGUUCAAUAUGGGUUGGGAAUUGCACAAACGACUGACUUACAUCGAAACUAACUGGCCGUUCUUUAUUGGCUUUGGGUUACCUCUGGCUAUUAUCUCAGAGCUACCCAAUUCGCUUGUCAUUAGCGGUUGCGUGUUUUCUGUGCUGUUCCCAUUGUUCAUCCUAAGCGCUAAUGAGGCUACACCAAAAGUGUCAGUAUGUGAAACUCCUCUGAAACUGUUUUCACUGGUGGUAGCCGUCACCAAUGCGCUGUUCAGUAGUCGUACCAAGCUGGGUAAGGCGGCUCUCUCAACACCGAUCAGUGGCAGUCCCGGCACACCUGUCAUGAUGGGCCGCGGUAUGACUCCACCGCUCUCAAGCAGCACACCAACCCCAUCGCUUAACUUUCAACUCAGUCAGCAGCAAAAAAAUCGACAGCACCAUCAUCACCACCGCCAGCACCGCCACACAUCACCAACGCCCUCGACGGGGGUAGGUUCGACAUUAUCCCAUCAGCAGCAACAACAACAACUGCAGCUGCAACAGCAGCAAGCCCUGCUGAAUCGUAAUUUCAGGCGAUAGGUGCUUUGGUAAAGCCUCCUUAGGAUAUAGAUAGACGCCAAGAUGAUAAAAUCAAACAGCCGCGAUGCAAAUCGCAACACAAGUGAUCAACGAUUAUGAAAUAAGAAUAUAUGUACCAGUUAGGCGCAUAACAAAUAAUCAUAACACAAACAAUCCAAGCGAUUUAAAUGGACAAAAUUUUUGAAUAGAAACGUUGAAUGGUGCUCAGUUUCGGUUUUGUGUUUUUUUCGCAAGAGAUUGUUUCUGGAGUUGGAAUGUUUCGGUCGCCCUCAACAGAUUCAAGCCGCUGCACAUAAAUAUAAUAGGUAUAGUGUAAAAUCCGUAUAGUGGCGCACUUAGAUUUUUUUAUGAAGGAAGGUAAACGAUCAGACUGCUUUUUUUUCUCUCUAGUAAGGGAACAUUAAACAAGAUUUCCACGAGAUUAUAUGAAA